GCAUCGUUGUGCGCGUGAAAAUAAAGUGUCUACAAACGAAUUCAUCGCACCACAGUCAGUGUUUGUCGGCAUCCCGGAUCAUAUCGCCGUGUAUGAUAGCGCAGCGUUAGAAGUGCUCUUCUUUGCUUGCUUCGGUCUGGAGUGGAUUCUGUGCGGCGAUAGUCCCCCAAUUCUCAGUGCGGGCGGCUUCCCAGACGGGCCAUUAUCGUUAUAAAUAAAGCAACAUAGUUGGCCGGUCCGGUUGAUAGUAUCGCUUCUGUAGAAGCGAUAGUGUAGGCAGUUCAGCCGUUGGCAUCGUUUGAGCUACUUUGAUAGUGCGGUUUCCGUCGUGCCAAUUUGAACCUAAUUCGAAUAUAAGACGGUGUGUGGAUGUGAAUAGUUCAGCGUCGUGCUUACUUGGAUGUGUGAAUUAGAACGAAAUAAGUGAUCGAAAUAGUGCGUUUUAAACGAUUUCUUCAUUGGAGUAUUUCCGGUUCCUGAAGUUACGAAGAUCCUUGCAGUGAAGAAACAACGAUGGCUAGCUAUUAUGAAAUUUUCCUCAUCUGUGGCAUCAUAUUGAUGCCCAUUUUCUACGAAACGUCUCAUAAGUUUCGGUACUUUUUCAAAUUUUUCAUCUACUACUUUGUGCUGAUGAUCAAUUCUAUUAUUCUGAUUCCGGCGAUGAUGUUUCGAGCGAAGGAUGUGCGGAAUUUGAUAUGGGCAGGAACGUUCUGUAAACCCAUAUCGACAGUGCUCGGCAUCAAAUGGGAGUUGCGUGGUGCGGAUAUUUUAUCACGAGACGAGGCAUAUAUCAUCGUUGCCAAUCAUCAAAGUUCGUUAGAUAUUUUAGGAAUGUUCGACUUCUGGCACGUUAUGAACAAAUGUACCGUCAUUGCCAAAAAAGAGCUGCUUUACACCGGACCAUUUGGCGUAGCGGCGUGGCUCAGUGGACUGAUCUUCAUCGAUCGUAAGAACGCCGAAAGGGCACAUGUUGCCAUGAAUGAAUCCACUGAUAUGCUAAAGGCCAAGCGCGUUAAGCUAUGGGUCUUCCCAGAGGGCACACGAAGAAACACCAACGAAAUCCACCAGUUCAAAAAGGGCGCCUUCCACGUGGCCGUUCGAUCGCAGCUGCCGAUCAUGCCGGUUGUCUACAGUUCAUACGGAUCGUUCCUGGAUGACAAGGCCAAAAUACUCAACAACGGUCAUGUGAUUGUGAGCACAUUGGAACCAAUAGAAACCAAGGGCCUAACAAGUGAUGACAUCCCCGAACUGAUGGAGCGGGUACGAACCGUUAUGAUGGAAACAUUCCGGGCCACCACCAAAGAGGUGGAGCACAAAUACAGCGUCCACAGCGCCAAAAACAACAGUGACGGGGGUAGACUCAGCGCAGCAAAACUGAGGUUGCGUUGCAUCGAUGAUCUCAUCAAACCGAAGCUAGCGUCUGCUAGUCGCUUGAACGGUUCCGCAAAUGGAUCACCUACGAAGGAACAUAGCGGCGUCCACAGGCGGAAGGAGUAAUUGCCUCAACAGUGUAUGUGAUAAAGAUAUAGACCUUUUAAUUUUUGACUGCAGCGACAGGCGUUCCCUCUAAGAGCGGAAUGGACCAAGUAUUCUGGGGGUGGAGACACCUCUGGCACUUGAAUGCAAGAGUAAAUAGGUAUGAUGGAUAGGAAAGAAGGCGGCAGAUUUGUGAAAGUAUUUUGUUGACUUCUUUAUUUAUUUUUGUACAAAGUUAUUAUAAGUACGUACUCCUCGGAAUAAAGUUAGCUUUUGUAAAACAAAUUUAACCAUUCCAAAAAUGGAUAUAUUUUGUUUGGUAUAAUGUAAUUUGAAAUAUUGACGGUGUAUUAAUUCUAUGAUUCGAUCCUGAAUGAGUCAUCGUUGACUCCCAUGCUAAAUAAUUUAAAUUUAAACAUAUCGCUUUGCAAAUGGUUUUAAAUUAAAUUAUGUUGAAAUUGAUAAUGAUGACUUAGACCUCCAAAUAAUGGUGAAACAUUCAACUCAGGUAAUCUGUAAGCUGGACAAAUUCAAUGUAAAGUGAUUAACGCAAUAACGGAGGAUAUAAAAGUGCCUCUAAUGAUCACAGUCUAAAACGUGAUGAUGAUUCAAGCUUCUUUAGUAGAAUUUCAUACAGUAUUUUUAUUGGAUUUUAAACCUAGCAAACUAUCUCGUAUACUAUUUCGGUUUUUAUUUGUUUAAAGUAGUUAUACAGGAAGAUACGCAUAUAUCGAUUUCAAUAGUGUCUGUAGUAGACACUGGACUAUUGCAAACGAAUAAAAUAAUACGAACUAAUAUUCAAGACAUGCGAAAACAUUACACUGAAAAACUUCGAGUUUGCCCUUUUUAUAUUAUUUUAUUUAAAAGCUAACCCAGCAAAAAUAUGCUACAACAAGCAGGCCCAAAGGUUCGUAGUGGUAAUGAAAAAACAAUAAUCACGACUGAGACAGUCGGAUUGACUUAUAAAUGUCUUGGAAAUUAGAUUUAGAGCUCCUAGAAAACAAGUUAGAAAACAGUAACAACAAACUGUAUUGAGUGACCUUUCUAAACCACUUAUGCCAAAUUGCAUUAUAUCAAACAAUGAAUUCCGAGAAUACGCAAUUAAAGCAUACAAUAUUCUAAUGUACCGCGCUGUAUUAACAGUAUUCACUGCAGCAAAUUCCAAAGUUCAGAUCUCGGCCUAAGACGCCACACCAUGGAGCAUUGUUUUAAUUCCUGCCAUAUAAGUUAGUGUCGAAGACUCUAUAAACACUAACGGAACUUUGUGUCAGACAACACUUAUCCUUUAUACUCGCACCUUUGUUUUACUACCUAGUCGAAUCGUAUUAUAUGUAAAGUCAAGCAAAAAGGUAAUUAAUUAUGUUAAAAUGUACAAUUAUUCAAUCAAUGGUAACCAAAGAUAUCACGUUUCCAUUUGAAAUGAGCAGCACUCUAAAUUGAUGUGGAUCAUGAUUCGGGUAAAGAUAAAUCCAAAGGAAUAAACACUUCUACAGUUGCAUUUUAUUGGUUUAUGUAUUAGGUUGAAAUCAUUUGAAUAUUUUCAAAUUAUUUUGAUGUUUAAGGAGAGCAGACAUAUUUUCGGUCGAAAAAUACGAGGGUUUCGUAGCCAUGUAUUGAGCAUUGUAAGGCGUCUAGGUAUUUUUGUUUAUAAUGAAAUAGGGUGUUUAGACUACGAGCUUUAUCACGUGAUAUACAGUAUAUUGAUAUGAAAGAUCAUAUAUUUCAUGUCCAGCAAAAAUUAGCUACUCUAUACUAAAAUAUAAAGCUUGUAGUUUGAAUAGCCUAUUUAUAAAACAUAAGAAAUAUGCCCAAUAUGGAAACAAAAUAUCUUCAGAAUUAUAAUGCAGGACUCGGAAUGUGUGCCAUUACAUUUUCAUUUCUUAGCAACUUCUACACAAUGCAUUUUUCCAAGCAUAUAAUUUACAAUAUUUAAAAUUAAAUGAAAACAGUGAAGUGAGAAAUUAUGUAGUAGGUAGAUUGUAGACGAAUGAGUUUUAUAUUAAUAACUUAUUAAGUGCCAUUCCCAGAAAAAAAUAUCUUUUGUACCAUAAAGUGUUUAGAAAAUCUUCAAUUUAAAUUGUAUUAUAUUCCUAUAAGAAAACGUUAUAAUAAACAAUGCAAUUCUUCAUCAAAAG